GUACCAUUCUGCUGUCUGCGCUCCUCAAACGCUGCAGCUGCCGUCGUCUUCUCUUCUCCACCACACACACCGUCGCACAGCCAUGGCGGACAGCGCAAGCGAGAGCGACACCGAUGGAGCGGGGAGCAGCUCCGCCACCCCGAUGUCGUCCUCCGCUUCAAAUUCGGGGAAACCGAGCAUAGUCAUUUCACAGUUUCGUUUGGAGGAACUGACCAACCGACUGGCCUCGUUACAGCAGGAGAAUAAAGUUCUUAAAAUUGAGCUGGAAACAUUUAAACUCAAGUGCAAAGCCCUGCAGGAGGAGAAUCGGGACCUCCGCAAAGCUAGCGUCACCAUUCAAGCGAGAGCAGAGCAGGAGGAAGAAUUUAUCAGUAACACCUUGUUCAAGAAAAUCCAGGCUCUUCAGAAGGAGAAGGAAACCUUGGCAGUCAACUAUGAGAAGGAGGAAGAAUUCCUCACCAAUGAACUGUCAAGGAAACUCAUGCAACUCCAGCAUGAGAAGGCUGAGUUGGAGCAGCAUUUGGAGCAGGAGCAGGAGUUCCAGGUUAACAAGCUCAUGAAAAAGAUCAAGAAAAUGGAGAACGAAACCAUUUCAAAGCAGCUAACCCUGGAACAGUUGAGGCGGGAGAAGAUCGACCUUGAGAACACAUUAGAGCAGGAACAAGAAGCUCUGGUCAACCGACUGUGGAAGCGAAUGGACAAACUGGAGGCUGAGAAAAGAAUCCUUCAGGAGAAGCUGGACCAGCCUGUGUCGGCUCCACCAUCUCCAAGAGAUGUUUCCAUGGAAAUCGACUCACCAGAGAACAUGAUGCGGCAUAUCCGCUUCCUGAAAAAUGAGGUGGAGAGGCUUAAGAAGAGCUUGCGCACCACUGAGCUGCAGCAUACAGAGAAACGUGCCCAGUAUAUAGAGGAGGAGCGACACAUGAGGGAGGAGAACAUCCGGCUGCAGAGAAAGCUUCAGAGAGAAAUGGAGCGCAGGGAGGCCCUGUGUAGACAACUAUCGGAGAGUGAAUCCAGUCUGGAGAUGGAUGAUGAGAGGUACUUCAACGAGAUGUCUGCACAGGGUCUGCGAGCCAGGACCGUGUCCAGCCCCAUCCCUUACACUCCCUCUCCCAGCUCCAGCCGACCGAUAUCACCAGGUCUCUCAUAUGGCACCCACACAGUUGGCUUCACUCCUCCAGCUACACUGUCCAGAGCUGCCAUUUCCCACUACAACACCCCCGCCCUGCACGUCCACGGAGGCUCCUCUCAUGCCGUAGCACGGCCUUCCCCAAGAAGAAGCACCAGCCCUGACAAAUUCAAACGUCCAACACCCCCACCCUCCCCCAACACACACUCAGGGGCCCAACAGGCUCAGCCUCCGCUACCCCCGCCAGCUCAACCCAUGGUCCAAUCCAUGUCCUCCCCGGCAGCCAUGUCACAGCACGCAUCAACAGCGCAGCAGCAGCCUCCCUCCCAGCCUUAAAGCCACACACACAGUCUCUGUCUUUGCGCGUGAGUGCGCCCACUGAAUGCCACGAUGCUAAUGCAGCAGCUUCCAUCAUUACCAGCUCUGGAAGUGAAGUUUCUUACUCUGUACCAACUCAACAAAAGACGCAGCUUCAAAAGUUUUGGAGGGAAAAGAAACAAGAUAGCUACUCACCUUCAGUGAGGCUAUCUGCCUGCCAAAUCUUCAUGUGGCGUUACUUAACUUCUCUUAAAAGGAAUGGAUAAUUGAAAAAUAAUCGCUUCUGGGAUUUGUAGGAUAAUUAUCUGUUCCACCUUUUGUCUUGUACAUGUUUUUUUUUUUUUUUUUUUUCUUUGUUUGGGACUUUAGCUGGUUGGAAUUGUUGUUGUGGCGCUUCUAAGAUAGCACAAACAGCACAUACAGUAUGUUUCAUGGUUAUGUUUUACGAUAGGUUGGAUGUUUGGAUCAAUCGAUCGAUGGAUGGAUGUAUGGCUAGAGAUUUGGAUGGCUAAAUAGAUGGAUGUGGUCAAUUAUUUUCAUGCCUAUAAUAUGACACUUGAUUGCAGUAAUGUCCUCCACUCCAGAUCACCCUCUGUCAUUAAAGCAGUGUAAAACAGUUCACCACAACCCCAAGUUUAACGUGGCUUUGAUUAGGUCAACAAAACGGUGUCAUAGAAGAGUGCUUGGAGUUUCUCCAUUAUAAUAGGGCAUUGAUCAAACGGUGCUUGCAGCACAGGUAUUUUAGUUUGUGUAAGCAUUCAAAGAUCUGCUGCUCCUAUGUUAAAAUGAAAAGGAAAAAAAGCAUCAACGAGGAUGGACACAUAAACCACAGAUAAAUGUCGCCUUUUGAGGUGUUUGAAAAUAUAGUCUGAGGUGUUACAACUUAGUCAUGUACUCAGUCUCUUCUCUGAUCUUCUCUCUGGUGUAUUUCUGAAAGCUUCUGUCAUCCUUAUGGAUAUUCCCAUCAGAAAAAAGAAAAAACAAUGCUCUUUACACUAAAUAUACAUACUGCGAAAACAUUCUAAAUGAAUGGUACUGUUGAACUAAAUUUCUAUGUAUGAUUAAAGCUCUUGAGAUGACAACUUCUGUUUUAAUUGUGAAUUUUAUGAAUAUCGUUUGAUAUUCAGUUGUAAUGUAAUGACUGUGGGUGUAACACUGAUAAGCAAACCUGGAAGACAAUCUUUUUUUCUUUUUUUUUCACUUUCACGCCUGCGAUUUGAUGCACUUGCUUAAUUUAACAGAACAUUUCAACAGGCUCAAAAAUGCAUCUUUUUGUGUAUUUAGCUUCACUGGAAUGUUUCACUGUGGUAGUUAUGAGUCUGACAAACCUCUGAAGUAGUUGAUGAAAAAUGUUUGUGCCUUAAAUAAACUGCACCAACAAAGCUCACAACCUGGAACAGUAGAAAAAUUUUUAUAUUUUUUUAUAUUCAACCUUUAACAUUAUAGGGCAGUAUGCGUUUAUGAGCACAGGUAGGUACAC